AAUUAUAAUACAAAUAAAAUUAACCUUUUUUUGGAAAACAAAAAGAAAUGGAGAGGGCACGAGCGAGAGGGGCACGAGCGAGAGGGGCACGAGUGAGAGGUGCAGCGGCUAGAGACGACAGCGAUUCCAGACGGCGGCAGGCUUAUAGGGUGCGGCAGGUUAAGGAUGGGUCUGAUAAUCUGGUUCCAGGGAAGGCAUUUUUCUUCUACAAUUUUCCAGAGACAUGUCGCGCAAAGGAUACUUCCAGAAAAAUGGAGAGGAAGCUUAAUGAUCUCUGGAUUGGGUCAUAUAAGGUUCGGGUUAAAGUUGCAGAGGAUAGAAGGAGGCAAAUCUCAAGAGUUAGAAGGGCACCAAGGAUUAGGGAGCCUACUAGUAGUGCAGGGGCAUUGCACGAGAAGGAAGGGCAAAUUGUGGAGAAUGAGGCAGUUGGAUCUUGUGUUAAGGGUGCUGUAGGGCACGGAAUGGUGGUGAACAUUACUGGACAGUCUAAAGAAGAGGUUAUUGAAUUUGCACCAAUGAAGGAGGAAACCAAAUGGGUUGAAGGAAGUAUGGUUGCUAAGGACCAGAUGUAUGAAGUAGGGAUGAUAGAGGAAGAAUGGCGUUCCGAUCCUGAUUGGUGGUUGUCGGACGGCGAUACGCGGUGUGAAUCGGAAACUGAAUCGGAAUAUUCAUUAAUGCCUAAUGGUAGUGAGGAUGAUGACUUGAUUCACACCGCAAAAAGUGGAGGGAAUGAGGAUAUUUUUGAUGAGGAGAUGCUGGAGAAGGAAGCUGCUUCAAAUUCAAACAGAAAUUUUGUAAUGGAUGGCAGUAACAACAUGUUCUCUGAAACGGAAGAUAUAGAAGAUGGGUAUAAUGAGCCUAAUAAAUGUAAUGGGCUGGUAAGGGAUAAGCAGAAUAAGCCUGAUGAGUCCUAUGGGCCCGAUGCAAAGAUGUCUCCAAAGAGGGCCAGGGAUGGUAAUGACAUAAGGCUUGUAGCAGCUCACGAGCAUGUCUUGACCCCUGUUCCGAAUCUGGAAAACAGGGGAGCGACGGGUAAAAGGCGGAAGCAUAUUGUGGAGUGUUAUCCACAAAAUUUGGCAGAAAUUGGAGACAAGAGCACUCAAUGGGUCACAACGAGGGGGUUGUGGUAUUCAGAUGAAUGUGACUGGGUUAUGAAGGAGUCAAUUGGUGCUUCAGGGGGUUUAAUUUGUGUUUGGAAUAAUGUUAAUUUUGUUAAGCUAUGGGAGUUUGCUAGAGAUGGUUUUCUGGGUAUUGAUGGGGUUUGGGGAUCGAAUAAGGUGUUAUGCCAUUUUGUGAAUGUGUAUGCUCCACAGGAUAGGUAUAAAAAAGUGAGGUUAUGGGAAGAGUUGGGUAAUAUGGUUAUGGAAAAGGGAGGUUGCUGGAUGAUAGCAGGUGAUUUUAAUGCUGGUAGAUGCCCUGAAGAAAGGAGAGGAAGAACUGGAGAAUGCCUGAAGAUGGAGGAGUUUAAUGUUUUGAUCGAGACAAUAGAAUUGGUUGAUAUCAGAUUGGCGAAUAGACGUUUUACAUGGUACCGACCGGAUGGUUCUUCUAUGAGUCGGUUGGAUAGAUUUCUGAUGACAAAGGAGAUGUAUAGUUUGGGGUGCAAGUGGGUGCAGCAGGGGAUGAAACGGAUUGUAUCCGACCACUAUGCUGUUAUCUUGAAAACAAGUAAUGCAGAUUGGGGUCCAAAGCCAUUUAGAGUAUUAAAUGCUUGGCAGCAGCAUCCAGAUUUUAAAAAUGCAGUGGAAGGCAAGUGGCGAAAGAUGGAGGUUAAAGAGGCUCAACUUGAAAAGGCAACAAAAAUGGUAGAAAAGAUUGAUAGGAGGAAUGAAGAUUUUGAUCUGGAAGAGUUGGAGUUGGGAGAUGCGAACACCAGAUUUUUUCACAAGAUUGCUAAUGGCAGGAGGGCUCAGAAUAAUAUACUGGGGCUCUCGUGCGAUGGUAGAUGGGUGGAGGAACCUAAAUUGGUUAAGAGGGAGGUAGCCAAAUAUUUUUUUGCUUUGUUUCAAGGUGAAUUAUGGAACAGACCUAAGCCUGCUGGUGUAAGUUUUCGGCAAAUUUUUGAGGAGAAAAAAGAGUGGCUGGAAAGACCAUUUUCAACUGAAGAGAUUGAAGAAGGGUUAAGAUGUUGUGAAGGGACUAAAGCACUUGGUCUGGAUGGCUAUAAUUUCAACUUCCUCAAAUUUGCCUGGAGCAUUUUAAAGGAGGACUUCGUGAGUUUCUUCAAUGAAUUUCAUCGGAAUGGCAAGUUUGGGUUUGGGUCUAGGUGGAGAGGAUGGAUUAUGGAGUGCUUAUCAACCGCAAAGGUUUCAGUCUUAGUUAAUGGCAAUCCGAUUGAGGAGUUUGAGAUUGGAAAAGGAUUACGGCAAGAGUCGGAGGGGUUGUUUAUGGGUGUUGAAAUUGGGAAGAGGGGGCUGGUUGUAUCUUUGCUACAAUUUACCGAUGAUAUAGUGAUUUUGGGUAAAGCUAAUGGGGAGAAUGUUUUUAUGGUUAAAACCGUGUUACGAUGGUUUGAGUUGAUAUCAGGGUUGCGGAUUAAUUUCAGUAAAAGCAGUGUUCAUGGCUUUAAUGUAUCAACAAGGUGGUUGAAUGGGAUGGCUUGUUAUUUACGAUGUGGUGUUGGGAAAACACCUUUUUUGUAUUUGGGUCUACUUGUUGGUGGUAAAUUUGGAAGUAAAAAACUGUGGGAACCAAUGGUAAAUAAGUUUCAUGCCAAACUUGUUGUCUGGAAGUUUGCUUCAUUGUCUUUUGGCGGCCGCAUCACUUUGCUCAAUUCGGUACUGAGGGAUAAAUAUUAUGAGGGUUGGUGUGAGGUGGAUAUAACAGCAAUUGAUAAUUUAAGAGUGUCAAAGCUGUGGAAGGAUAUUAUCAGCAUUGGGGGGAAAUCAGUUAGGUUGAGGAAUAUAUUGGGGAAUGGGUUUAGAUGGGAGGUGGGGUGUGGAAGUAAGGUGGGUUUUUGGAGGGAGAAAUGGGUGGGAGAUAAAUCCUUAAGGGAUUUAUGUCCCAGACUGUAUGCCUUGGCUGCGAAUAAGGAAGGUUCUGUUAGUGAUAUGGGGUAAUGGGAAGGGGAUAGGUGGCAAUGGAAUAUGGCAUGGAGAAGGGGGAGAAUGGGGUGAGAAAAGGAUGAGGAGGAGGUUUUGUGGGGGGUAGUGGAUUGUGUACACUUAAAGAAAGGUAAGGAGGAUGU